AUGGAUAGUGACGAUUUAGGUACUUCAGUAUGGGAUGAUGCAUUGCCAAAAGAUGAUGAAUCAAAAUCGCAUUCAAAUUUAAAUACGUUUCAAUCAAGUUCAAUUGGACCAUUAACAAGUCAAUUUUCAAAUUAUUCAAUAAAUGACGAUCCAUUCAGAAAUCCACUAGAUUAUAACAAAUCAGAAGAAUAUGAUGAUGAAGAAGAACAAGAAGAAGAGCAAGCUCCAGUUUCAGGCACUUACGAUGCAUUAAGAGAACAAGAGAUUGAAUUACGUAAAGAACAUAAACAACAACUAAUCAAUAAUUUAACUCAUUCAGAAGAUAGUCGAGAUCAAUUUGAAAAAGAUAUAUCUAAAGUAUCAUCAGAUACAUUAUUUCAAGACUCAAAUAAAAACUCACCAAUUAAAAUUGACUUAAAUUCUCAGUCAGUUACAUCACCAACUCGAAAUUCAAUAAAUAUAAAUAAAUUUAAACCACCAAGAUUGAGAAAAUAUAAUUCAAAAACCAAUGUCAAACAUUUAAAUAACUCCAAUACUGAUAUUUUAGGUCCAUUAGGUGGUGAAAUUAAAAAUGAAGAUGAAGUGGAAGAUGAAGAAGAUGUAAAACUUAAAUUAAAUCAUGCAGAGUCAAUAGUUCAAGAAGCAAAUGGUCCAUUAUAUCAAAUCAAAAAUGUUUCAACACCAGUACAUUCACCUAAAAAACUUAAAGUGGAAGAAGAGGACUCUGAUCCAAAUUCAAAUAAAUUGGAAAUUUCAGUUGGUGAACCUAUGAAAGUUGGAGAUAUUACCAAUGCACAUAUUGUUUAUAAGAUAAAAACAAGGAAUAAGAACAAAGAAUCUAAUUUUUUCCCUGAUAUUGAUGAAGUUGAAGUAACUAGAAGAUAUAAAGAUUUUAGAUGGUUAUAUAAAAAACUCCAGACAAAUAAUCCAGCAAGAAUAAUUCCACCACCACCAUCUAAACAGACAUAUAUUGGUAGAUUUAAUGAAUCAUUUAUCGAAAAUAGAAAAAUUGCAUUAGAAAGAAUGUUGAUUAAAAUAUCAAAAAAGAAACAUUUACAAAAUGAUGCUGAUUUCGUUAGAUUUUUAACCCAAGAGGAAAUAAACACAAAUAUGGAAAAUGAAAUAAUUAAUGAAAAAACAGCAAGUGGAUUCUUAUCAAUUUUUCAAUCGAAGGAAGAACCAACGGGAAUAUUCAAAGAGAAGAAAAUUUAUAUAACUCAAUUAGAACAAAGUUUAAAAGAAUUAUUAAGAGCAAUUGAUCAAACUAUAGUACAGAAAAAUCUUAUAUCCAGUAAUUUGAAUGAAAUCGUUACUGUUCUUUCUGAAAUUAGUUUUAAUGAAAAACUAAUAACUGGGUUCAUAACUACUCAAGAACAAAUAAUUGAUGUAUUCAAUAGAGAAAUUUUACAAUCACAAAAUUUGAUCAUGGUCUUAAAUGAAAACAUACAAAUCUUGGAGUUUUUAAAAGACUUAAUAGAUUCAAAGAAUGGAAUAGAUGAAGAUUAUUCAAAAAUUAUAAAGGAAGAAAUUGAUGAAUUUGAUUUGGAAAGAAUUGCAGAAUUUAGAAAUGCAGUUGAGUUAUGGUUGGAAAAUACAAUUGAAUCACAAAAGGAAGCUAUUGAAAUAUAUGAAACAUUUAUUGAAAGAAAUGAUUUAUAA